AUGAAUAAAGCGAGUAUAGUCUUAAAUUUCACUAAGUAUAACAGAAUAAGGAGUAUUAAGAAUUACACAUGUUGGUCUUGUAAGCAAAAUGUCACUAAUCUUAUAUCAAAUCUAUUUUGUUCAAACUGUAAAGUUCUACAAAGGCCGGAGAAAUUAGAUAAUUAUUUUCAAGUUCUUGGUGUGAAAGAAACAUAUGACUUAAAUGAAAAUGAUUUAGCAAGAAAUUAUAAGGAUUUACAGAAACAUUUGCAUCCAGAUAAAUACGCAAAUAGAAUCAAAGAAGAACAGGAGAUUUCAGCACAAUAUUCCUCACUAGUGAAUGAUGCUUAUAAAACAUUACUAGAACCUUUAUCAAGAGGUAUAUACAUGCUGAAGUUAAGGGGAAAAGAAAUCUCUGAAAACACGGAGGUCGGCCAAGAAUUUCUAAUAAAAAUCAUGGAAAAGAAUGAAGAAGUAGAAAACGCAGAAACCAAAGAAGAAAUCUUAAAAUUAAAUAAAGAGAACAGAACAAUUAUAAAUGAUCUACAAAAGCAAUUGUCAAAAGCAUUCUUUGAAGGUGACCUUAAAAAAGUACAAAAACUCUUAGGUCAUAUGAAGUAUUACACGAGUAUCGACAAUCAGAUACAAGCCCUCAUAAGAAAUAAGGGUAUCAUACAAUGA